AAAAAGGGAUCUAUUUUUUCAGAAUCAUAUGUCAAUUAGUAAAAUCCUUAUAACUCGCUACUUCGGAGAUGGCUCUGGUCGGGACAGCUACAUUACACAUAACUACGGUGGAUCUAUCCGCACAAAAUUCAAAUCCAGAGCAGAUACCCAUAACUUCAUUAAGCAUGGAUUCAGAUCGGUUUCACAACUUGAUGGAAUCUCUUUUCGAAAAUCUAGGAAUGGAGAAAUCAAUGAUUUUGGUUCUUAUAUAAAAGCCAAGCAAAGAAAAGUGAUGCGCACUCUUAUUGAGAGACAGCAGAAAUCUGUCAAUAAGCUCUGCACACCAAGGAAGGUCUCUACCAAGAAGCAUUUGGAUACAAAGAUCAGAUUCAUAGUUCCAACAAAAAUGCCAUAUCUUAGAUCUACUAAGAGCAAGAAUGAGACAAGGUGUUUGGAGAGAUACCUGAAAGCUCCUGAGACCUUUAUAGAACCUUUUUCGAAUAGAGUUAACUCUAGAAAUAUGCUUAAGAACAUUAAGUCUAUGAGGAAGUUUGAUCCCAAUCCAUAUGGGAACCAAAGAUCUCCUUUUGACCCUUUAGCAAGGUACAAAUCAAGGAACAGAAACACCAAUUCUUUAAACAGGAACUCAACCGGAGGUAUGCUAGGACAGAGGUCUUUUGUUAACCCCCCUGCAAAGGCAUCUUACAUCGACAUAUCCUAACCAAGGCCACCUUGGCAUGAAGAAGGAUUGCUGAAAAUGUCACAAAACGUUCAAUUUAAACCAUAA